AUGGAUUCUGAUGAGGAGAUUCAUGAUGUUUAUGAUGGAGAUUCUGCUGAAGAUUAUUAUUACAGUGGUGGUGAUUCUGAUAUGGAUGGAGGUGAUUCUAUCGGCGGCGGCGAGGAUGAUGAUGAUGAUGCUGGGUAUGGUUAUGGUUAUGCCAGUGAUGAAGGGUCCGAGAAAACAUAUACCGUCUUGAGGGAGGAUGAUAUUCGACAGCGCCAAGAAGAGAGUAUUUCACAUGUUUCUGCUGUUCUAUCCAUUUCUAGAGUUGCUGCAAGCAUAUUGCUUUGCCAUUAUAAAUGGAAUGUUAGUCAGUUGCAUGAUGAAUGGUUUGCUGAUGAAGAUAGGAUUCGAAAGUCGGUUGGCCUACUUAGCAAACCUGUAGUUAUGUUUUCGAAUGCUAAUGAAUUGACCUGUGGAAUCUGUUUUGACUCCUAUCCUCGUGACCAGAUACAAUCAGCUGUUUGUGGUCACCCCUAUUGUAUAACUUGCUGGAAAGGUUAUAUUACUACAUCCAUUAAUGAUGGCCCAGGGUGCUUGUUGCUUAGAUGUCCGGCUCCAGGUUGUGGUGCUGCAGUUGGUCAUGAUAUGAUCCACAAAUUGGCAUCUGAUGAAGAUAGGGAGAAAUAUUCUCGCUAUUUUGUUAGAUCUUACAUUGUGGACAAGAAAAAGACCAAGUGGUGCCCAGCCCCAGAUUGUGAAAAUGCAGUAGAAUUUGAACUUGGAAGCAACGUUUAUGAUGUUAAAUGCUUAUGUUCGCAUGCGUUUUGCUGGAAUUGUACAGAAGAAGCUCAUCGUCCUGUGGACUGUAGCACUGUGGCUAAGUGGAUUUUGAAGAAUAGUGCAGAAUCUGAAAAUAUGAAUUGGAUUCUGGCUAAUUCAAAGCCUUGUCCGAAGUGCAAGCGUCCAAUUGAGAAAAAUCAGGGAUGCAUGCAUAUGUCUUGCACCCCGCCAUGCAAGUUUGAGUUUUGCUGGCUAUGCCUUGGUGCUUGGUCCGAUCAUGGCGAAAGGACGGGUGGUUUCUAUGCAUGUAACCGUUACGAAGCUGCAAAACAAGAGGGAUUGUAUGAUGAAUCUGAAAAGAGGAGGGAAAUGGCAAAGAAUUCUCUGGAGAGAUAUACACAUUAUUAUGAACGAUGGGCAAGCAACCAAACAUCAAGGCAAAAAGCUAUUGCUGAUUUGCACCAAAUGCAAACUGUCCAUUUAGAGAAGUUGAGUGACAAACUGAAGGAACCUGAGUCGCAACUCAAAUUUAUUAUAGAGGCUUGGCAACAGAUUAUUGAGUGUAGACGAGUGCUGAAAUGGACGUAUGCAUAUGGUUAUUAUUUACCUGAGCAUGAAACUGCAAAGAGGCAGCUGUUUGAGUAUUCACAAGGUGAGGCCGAGGCUGCUCUUGAGAGGCUUCAUCAAUGUGCGGAGAAGGAAUUAUUAGUUUUCCUUGGUAAUGACGAUGGUGAGGUUGAAACUCAACCAGAUUUUGAAACAUUUCGGCCAAAGUUGGCUGGAUUGACCAGGGUUACUCGUUCAUACUUUGAGAAUUUAGUCAGGGCAUUGGAAAAUGGUUUAUCAGAAGUUGAUUCUCAAGCAGCUUCCAGCACAUCAGUUAGCGCGAAGAAUACAGGAGCCAAAGGGAAAGGGGGAAAAGGAAAAUCUUUAACCUCACGAAAUGGUCGUACUGGUACCAGAAACAUAGACGAUCUCAAUCAUUGGAACUGUGAACGGUGUACUUAUGCAAAUCCUGAUUCCUCCACUCUAUGUCAGAUGUGCCGUAAUCCUCGGUAAAGAGAAGAAAUCCAUUAUCAUCUGGACUAUCGUUUUGAAGGUGCACAGGAUGGGCAGUGAGUUUUGGAUAGGCAGUCCGUGUCCAAUGGCAACAUUGACUUGGAUACGGUGGAUGUGUAAAAUAGCAUUCACCUUGAUUUGUGCAUGUAUUGAAGAGACUUGUAAAUAGCAUCUUAUGGUGAUGCCCAUCGGAUAUUGAUGCAUCAUUAUUAUAUCAUAAUCAUAAUCAUAGUGCAAUGUUAACCAACAAGAGGGGCUUUAAUCUUUACAGGGAGCCAUACAAAAUCUUAGGUGUAUUCAUGGGUUGGCCUUGACUCGUGUUAUACUGCUUUAUGCUGGUUUUCGGCUAAUGGUCUAGAAAUUUGAGUUGUGGGGUUCUUGAUCAAUGCUGUCUAUUGUUGUUUUGCUCUUAUUUUAGUUAAUUCUAAAAUAAACAUAGGUGCCUUCAUAAUCCCAGAUAAGCUGAAUAUCGAAAUAGCUUAGCUGAUUCAUGGGAGGCCAACAUCAAAUUUAUUUUGUUUAUUUUUUUUCCCCAGUGUAACGCCUUUUGCUCAGUGAUGGCGUUAUACGAAGUAUAUAUUAGUAACUUUUCUGAUA